AUCCAUAUCUCAUUCAUCGUCAUCUCGCAAACACAGGAUCUGCUUCCGAGUUCUCCAGGCAGAUAAGGAUAUGGUGCGGUGAAUACAAAUCCCGUACCUGAGCCUGCCAACAGAUACAACUCCGCCAUGCGGGCUGGGAGGCAUCUACCUCGUCGCUCUUCCUAACGCGUAUCGCCGUCCAUCCCAAACAUGGGGCAAGGAUUCUCCCUCACGACGCUGUCGGCGGGCUCGGCCAACAUCGACGUGCCGGAGCUGGCGGAUCUGCAGUACGAAAAGUCUCUCGGAGCAGCCCGGUUUAUGAAAUCAGUAAGAGCGCGGCAUAAAGAUGGCCUGGUCGUUGCAAGAGUGGUUAUGAAGCCAUAUGCCCAGUUCAACCUCGAUAUCUAUGUAAAGCGCCUGCUGGAGGAAAGGAAGCUUCUGGCGGACGUUCCUAAUGCUUUGGGCUAUCAUCGCAUCCUCGAAACCGCCGUGGGCGGCUAUCUAGUCCGGCAGUACAUCCACAGCUCCCUGUACGAUCGGCUCAGCACGCGUCCAUUUCUCGAAGAAAUCGAAAAGAAGUGGCUCUCGUUUCAGCUUCUCUGCGCUGUUCGAGAUUGCCAUGCCAGAAAUCUUUACCAUGGCGAUAUCAAAACCGAGAACGUGCUCGUCACGUCCUGGAAUUGGCUGUAUCUCACAGACUUCUCUGCCUCCUAUAAACCGGCCUUUCUACCAGAAGACAAUCCUGCCGACUUUUCCUUCUACUUCGACAUGUCCGGCCGUCGAACGUGUUACCUAGCUCCCGAACGGUUUCUGGGUCCCGGCGCUCAGCCAGAGGGCGAGGGUGUGGUCACCUGGGCAAUGGACAUCUUCAGCGUCGGAUGCGUCAUCGCUGAGCUCUUCCUUGAAUCGCCCAUCUUCUCACUCAGUCAACUUUUCAAGUACCGGCAGGGCGAGUACGAUCCUGCCCAUUCGCAUAUUAGCAAAAUCCAAGACAAGGAUGUCCGGGAACUUAUUUUGCACAUGAUUCAACUGGGUCCAAACUCGAGAAUGGCUGCGGAGGACUAUCUCCAGCACUGGCGAGGCAAAGUCUUCCCUCACUACUUUUAUGGAUUUCUCCAGCAAUACAUGCACUCCAUUACCGACCCAUCCUCAGGCCGCAAGCCUGUGACCACGGCUAGCGAACAUCUUGGAGAACCGGACGACCGGAUAGAGCAGAUCUACAGCGAUUUUGACAAGAUCUCCCACCUGCUUUCGAACAAUGAAGGGAAUGUACCUGCGAAACCGCAACAUUCGCCGCCCAAGCCAAACGCCAGACUUUUCCCGUUGUGCAUCGAUAUCCCUAAUUACCAGCAUCAAGCGACCCCUGCGCCAAGCCUCGCGGUCGAUGAUGGAAACCUCAUCUUCCUCACCAUAGUUGUCUCCUGUCUACGAGGCACAGCUAGGGCGUCUGCUCGUCUUCGAGGCCUAGAGCUACUUUUAGCCUUCGCGGAAAGAUUGACCGACGAGGCUAAGCUCGACCGUGUCGUGCCCUAUGUCGCAACGCUCCUGAUGGACAAAUCAGAGCAAGUCAAAAUCGCAGCCUUGCGGACCAUGACACAGAUCCUCGCCAUGGUCCAUGUUGUCUCACCAAUCAAUGCGUACGUCUUUCCGGAGUACGUUCUGCCUCGGCUAGAGCCGUACCUUCCGGACUCCUCCACCGCAGUCAGCCCUCUCGUUCGGAUGCAUUAUGCAUGGUGUAUUGGCACAUUGGCGACGACCGCGGCAAGAUACCUUGACAUGAUCCAAGCACUCCGUGCUGAAGGAUCCCUCCCAGCCGCAGACCCCGAAACGGAAGAUGAUUUGACAUCGUCCUAUCAUCGAAACCAGUUCGAUUCGGAUCGCCAGAACCUCCUGGAAGCCUUCGAAAAGCAUACCAAAGCGCUUCUCACAGACUCUGAUGCUUCUGUUCGCCGCGCUAUGCUUCGCUCCGUAUCAGACUUGUGCGUCUUCUUCGGCAGCCCCAGAGCUAAUGACGUCGUUCUAAGUCACCUGAAUACCUAUCUGAACGAUCCGGACUGGAUGCUGAAAUGUACAUUUUUCGAGGCCAUCGUUGGCGUCGCUGUCUUUGUAGGCGGCGCAAGCUUGGAGGGCUACAUCCUUCCUUUGAUGGUCCAAGCAUUGACAGACCCUGAGGAGUUUGUGGUAGAGAAGGUCAUUCGGGCCUUCUCCUCGAUCGCUGAGCUUGGCUUAUUCCAAAGAUCCAAAACGUGGGAACUCGUGGAUAUUGUAGCCCGACUCACCAUGCACCCAAAUAUCUGGAUUCGAGAAGCAGCUGCUCAGUUCAUAUCGGCCGCGUCAAAGUACCUAUCCGUGGCCGACACGCACAGCAUCUUGGUCAAUCUCAUCAGGCCAUACCUCAAGGUUGUGCCUUCCGGGUUCUCCGAGAUACGAAUACUUGAUUCCCUGAAGAAACCUUUACCAAGGCUGCUCAUUGAUAUGGCCUCGAAUUGGGCCAUGUCCGCGCAGAAAGGAAUGUUCUGGGUUCCAGCACGGCAGCAGCAAACAUUCACGUUUGGAUCUACCGAAGACACUCUUCCGACUAUUUCAGGUCGGGAAUUAGACCACAGAGUACUGCAGAGAAUGCCAAAGAAUGAAGAGGACGAGCAGUGGAUACGGAAGCUGCGACAGGCUGGCAUGGCAACAGAAGACGAUUUCAAGCUUGUCGCGCUUCGAGAAUUCAUCUGGAGGGUAACCCAUCGCCGACGAUCAGAUGCUGUGGGAUUAACUCCUUCUAAAUUCAAUAGCAUCGUUGCUUUGAAAGACCUCGGCAUCAAGCCAUUGACAGUUCUGUUCGAGAAUGCGCAAGAGACGGUCGACCGGGCGCGCGACACGGGUGCACUGGAUGAAGGAUAUCGACCUCGGACGAUCAGAGAUGCUUUGCUGGAUGCAUCCACCACUGAAGCUGAUGCCCAGGCUGCUCGAAGGAUCGAUGGCACGCAACCGGAACGGAGGGAACGCGAGGAAGGUGAUGGCAAACGAAUCACUAUUCCUUCCCGGCCUAAAUUUGUGUCAUCUCCAAGCGAUCUGCGCUCCGCCCUGGAUUCGCCGUCGGACGUUGACAGCAUCCGGCGAAACUCACUUCAGGUACCUAGGGGCUCUCCCAGCACGCAAUCUCCGAUAGGCUCGGUUGGUGCUGGCGAGCAUAUGCAUCCUCUCCGUCAUAGGAACAGCGCAAUGAGUCUCUUGAACAGGGGGGAUAAGGCACAUGCCGAGACUGGUACCACGUCUACAAAUGCCUUUGGUAAGGUCGACACCGCACCUCCGCGAGAAGGCUCUCGGACUCGCCAGCCUGCUUCACCACUUGCCUUGGAGCAGAGGCACCGAAGUCCAUCCUGGGUCCAUUUCCGAGAAGCGCAUAACUAUACUGGAAACGAUCCUGCGGUAUUGAAACUCCUGGAUUCAAUGCUCCUUGAAAGGUUCCCGUCUGGCGAAACGGAAUUUGGCAACAGGAUCCAGCUAAGCUCUCGACCACAGCUCAUCAAGUACAAAGAUGCUCAUCACUCACCGACAGGCAUUCCUUGGAGACCAGAAGGCACUCUGGUAGCUACUUUCGGCGAGCAUACGGCUGCUGUCAACAGAGUCCUAGUUUCGUCGGAUCAAAGCUUCUUCAUAUCUGCAUCCGAUGAUGGCACCGUCAAAAUCUGGGAUGUCUCCCGUCUUGAACGGAAUAUUAGCCGUCGGUCGCGGCAGACAUACAGGCUCAGCGAUGGGGUCAAAGUCAUCAGUCUGGUAUUCGUGGAGCAGACACACUGCUUCGUAGCCACGGGGGAUGAUGGCAGCGUCCAUGUCGUCCGGAUCGACUAUGAAGGAACCGGCGGUAGCGCGAAGUUUGGGAGACCUAGACUACUUCGAGAGUAUCAGCUUCCGGAUGGCGAUCAUGCGGUAUGGUCAGAACACUACAAUGAGGAUAACAAGUCCGUUCUCGUCUUAGCCACCAACACAUCCAGAAUCAUUGCGCUCGAGUUAAGAACCAUGACGGAGCUUUUCACACUCCGGAAUCCUCUCAACCACGGCACUCCGACCUGCUUCUGCGUCGACAGGAGGGCUCACUGGCUACUGCUUGGGACCUCGCAUGGUGUGUUGGAUCUAUGGGAUCUCCGCUUCAAGCUCCGACUGAAAGCCUGGGUCUUCCAUGGGGCAGCGCCGAUCCACAGACUCUAUCUUCCGAGGGUCAGGAAUCCAAGGCUCUACAUCACAGGAGGAACCGGACAGGGUGAAGUCACCGUGUGGGAUUUCGCUCGAUUAGUCUGCAAAGAAGUAUACCGAACUGGAAACAGUAGGGAUAUUGGAUCCAAGAGCACAACCCUUAUUGACCUGGACGAGGAAAAGUCUGGUGGUAUGCUCGGACGAUUCGCUACGUCGCUCGAGCCGACCGCAAGCUCCACUGCCGAUCGCGGUAUCCGCGGACUCGUAGUCAACACCCAGGCUAUAGAUGAACGGGGCGACUCAAAAGGCCACACAUUCCUCCUCACGGCAGGCCCAGACUGGAAAGUCCGGUACUGGGAUACUAGCCGCCCGGAAUCAUCCAUCGUCAUCAGCGGGCUGGAGGCAGACGAGGCAAAGCCACAGUACGGCGUCAGCCAACCUAGUCCCGACACGGUAGUCAUCAGCGAGCGGCUAAUGCAGCCUCAGAGCCAGAGUACCUCAGUCGGAAGGGAGAGUAGAAGCUCGAGCGGUUCGACAAAAAGGCCGCCGCAGAAGUCGUCGAGGUCGGGGUUGAUUUCGUUGCAGCAGCAGCAUUUGUUAAAGAGCCAUCUGGAUACGAUUCUGGAUGUGGCGUUGCUGGAGCAGCCGUAUGGGAUGGUGAUCUCGGCGGAUAGGUCGGGCGUUAUUUAUAUGUUUAUGUAGUUUUCAUGGAUCGAGAGGUUGCAGCGCAAUAUAUUACUG